AUGGAGAACACGGAACCUCCCGUUUCAUCAACCACUACACGCACAUGGCACGACUUUCUAGAACGCAUGAGACAACCUUCCGCAACAGAAUUCGUGAAAACCAUAAAAAACUUCAUAACCACAUUCUCAAAAACAAUUCCAAAUCCCGAAAAAGACAGUGAAUCCAUUCAAGAAUUUUUCACCACCAUGGACGCCGCUUUCCGGGCCCACCCUCUAUGGGCGGGUCGCACAGAAGACGAAUUAGAAAACACAAGUGAAGGCCUCGAAAAAUACAUAAUGACAAAACUAUUCCCUCGCGUAUUCGCUUCACACCCAGAAGAUAUCAAAAUAGACAAGGAUCUUUACAACAAAUCGCUUUUAAUCCAACAAUUCAUCGAACCCCAUCACUUAGACAUUCAACAAAAGUAUCAAAACGAAACUUCAUGGUUAAUCGCAAAGAAAGAGCUUCAAAAAAUUAAUAGUUACAAAGCACCACGUGAUAAGCUUUCGUGUAUUCUUAGUUGUUGUAAGGUUAUUAGUACAUCGCUAUUUAACACGUCCGAAAAUCCACCUGGCGCUGAUGAUUUUCUUCCUGUUUUAAUUUACGUUACAAUUAAAGCAAAUGUGGCGCAAUUGCACUCAAAUUUGGUUUAUAUUCAACGGUUUAGGAAUCGGUUAAGGUUAGGUGGAGAAACGGAGUAUCUUUUCACGAAUAUGUUAUCUGUAGAAUCAUUUAUUUUGAAUAUAGAUGCUAAGGCGUUGUCUAUGGAUGAAAUUGAGUUUGAGAAUAAUAUGGAAUCUGCGAGAGUAAUUGUUUCGGGGGAGUAUAAUGGUGAGAAUGUGGAAACUAGAAGGGUUGAAAGUGAAAAUGAUAUGGAGGCGAAGUUGAAAGAGGUGCCUUCGGUUUCGGAUUUGGAAAAUAAAGGUGGGACGAUGAUUGUUAUGGAGGAAAAAGUGAGUGAAAAGUUUUGGAAUUUUCCGUUUUUGUAUUCGAAGGUUGAUGAUUUGAGUGUUGGUGAUGUGGAUGAGUUGUUGAAUGGUUAUAAACAGCUUGUGUUUAAGUAUGUUUGUCUUGCUAAAGGAUUGGGUGUUCCUGUUCUGCCGCCUCCGGAGACCAGAGAUGGUGGUGGGGAGGCGGUGGGUGGUGUUCCGGUGGCGGCAACGGAAAGUGAACAGGUGGAGGAUGGGACAGUAGAAGGAGGUGGGGAUGAUGGUGUUGGGGAUUCUACAACUGAAACUCUAGUGGCUGGAGAAGUUGUUUCUCAGUUAGAUUAUUUUUCAGCAAACGUAAAUAUCAUUUAUACGGUUAUUUUGUUUUUACCAUUCUGCUCCAUAACAAUUCUGCUCCAUAGAAACCACAGCAAACGUAUUCUUCUUCAAUCUUUGUUAUUCUGCAACGCUUCAAGAAUUAAAUAUCAGAAAAUGGAAAUAGGAAAUAAGGUUUACCUAAAUAACAUUGACCAGAUAGAUGAAAAAUCGCAUAUCAAGGUUCGGGUGCUUAAAAUUUGGAACUUUGUCAGAAAUAAUAAAGUUUGUUCCAUUGAAAUGAUCAUCAUGGAUGAGGAGGGUACACAAUACCAAGAUCGUGUCUUCAAUCAGAAUUUCUCUAGAUUUCGUCAUCUUUUAAAGGAAGAUGAAAGUUAUAUAGUUAUAAAACCCAAUAUGGCUGCUGUUACUAAUGGAUUUAGUUAUACAGGUCAUAAACAGACCUUAACUUUGGAUUGGAAAAGCAUCCUAAAAAAAUGUGAUGAUUUCUCGGGUCCGGUCAAUGGAUUUAUGUUUGUUGACUUUAAUUCUAUCAUAGAACAAACAUGCCCAAAAGACACAUUCUUUGAUGUUAUUGGACAUAUCGUGUCAUUUAGGCCUCUUGAAACUUCAAAUCCAGUACUAUCCAAGCAUUAUAUAAAAGUCACUCUUAGCAACCUAGAGUGAGAUUAUAUUGUAUUAUUUAUUUAUUAUUUAUUAUCUUUAAUUAAUCACAAAUUAAUAUUAAUAUACUAUUUUAUGGUUUAUUUAGUUCUGUACAUCUGAAGGUUACUAUUUUUGGAAGUCAAGCAUAUCAAAUUUCAGAAUACCUAAAAAAUAACCCGACUGUUAAUUUUGUUGUUAUCGUGAUGCAGUUUUUGAAGCUAAACAUUUGGAAUGGUUUGUAUUCAGUCUUUAUAUAUAGAUGUUUAUAAUUACUGUUUUCAUAUGCGAACCCAACUGAUUGGCUUUUCAAAAUCAAAUUCGCAACUCCAAAUCGUUCGAUUAUUCGCCCCAAUUCCAAAAUCAAAUAACAGAUCCUUCGUAUGAUUCAUUUAAUAACCAAGGCUUCGUUCCAGAAAACAUCGAAUUUAACAGUUAUUCGUUCCCACAAUCUUUAACCUCCGUUUAAAAUCGAUCCCUGUAUACAAACCCAAUAACCAAUCGAACACAUACCAUUCGAAAACAAUAAUCAUUACACCCUUCAACAGAUUUGACAUCGCAUUUCAAAACAAUCGAUCU